AUGCCGAUCUCGAACUACGGCCUUUGGAAGUGCACGCCCUCGAGCUGGAACGGCCAAGCUAGUAGCACACAUGGGCACCUCGAGUUCACCGAUGGCACUAAUAGCAAUAAGACCUACGAGGCAGACGUCAAUAUCUCGUCCACGGGCAGCGACACGCGCCUCGUCUAUUGGUUCGUCUCCAAUUUCAACCCGAAGCAGCCCUCCACCGCCAAGCUGUCUGCCUUGGACAUGGGCUUCUCCACCCAAAAGGGCAGCUCGUCCCUCGCACUCGAUUUCCUCCGCGAGGGCUUCUUGACUCCCUCAGCCGGCACCUUGGUGUCACACGACCCCAGUGACCCCACCGAGAAGGGUGACAUCAGCGCCUAUGUAGAUCCCGUCAUGAACCAGGCGGUAGAGGAGAAGGCGACUCUGUACAUCUGGGGUAGUCAUUACAGCGACACCAACGGUUCAGAGGGAAUCCACGACAUUCACAUGAACCAGGGAGACUCGGGUAGUUUUGAGAAGGAGAACGGCACAUACCAGGACGGCGGGAUUGUAAUUCAGUUCGCAGACGGCUCCUGGCACGGCAUUUUCCUCGCGUUUGCCACGGAGACGCUCACGACGGACGACAAUGGUGACCCAGAGGGACAGACGUUUGCGCAGGCUUUAGGCGGUGGCUCGAGCAGCGGCACCGCCACGGAAUACGCCACCAAGAGCCAUGCGACCAAGGGCAGUGUGGGCAUCGAAGCUGCAGUGGUCAACCCUAAGGGUCCGGACCAUGAGGCUAACAAGGGCAUGGGGGAGAGGAUUUAUGUACAGAACCGCGGUGCCAGUGAUGUGAGCCUCAAAGGUUGGAAAAUUGAGAAUGGACACGGGCAGGUACAGUUGCUGGGUGACGAUGCACAGGUCAGCGCUCACAGCAAGCACUGCUUUGAGGUGCCCGAGGCGGAGCUCGGGAACAGAGGCGGCAAGAUUGUGUUGAAGGACGCAGAUGGCCACACGGUCAGCGAGGUCAGCUACACGGAGAAGCAGGCCAAAAAAGAGGGACAUCUGCUAUACUUUGCCAACUAA